AGUAUAGCAUAGCGUGUAAGAGACUUUUGGUUCUGUUGCUUGGAGUUUCUUUCCUGCUUAGGAGUUCGGGGGCUGCUGAUUGUUCGCUGCGAUGGCGUCGAAGGUUUCGCGUGAUACGUUAUACGAGUGCGUCAAUGCCGCCAUAACAGGUGCACAAGAAAAGAAGAGGAAAUUUUUGGAAACCGUGGAGCUGCAAAUUGGUUUAAAAAAUUAUGAUCCUCAGAAAGAUAAACGUUUUUCGGGCACCGUCAAGCUAAAGAAUAUUCCUCGUCCAAAAAUGCAAGUUUGCGUUCUUGGUGAUCAGCAGCAUUGUGAUGAAGCUAAGGCUAAUAACAUUCCCUACAUGGAUGCUGAAGCUUUAAAAAAAUUGAACAAGAACAAAAAACUAGUGAAAAAAUUAGCUAAGAAAUACGAUGCUUUUUUGGCUAGCGAGUCUUUAAUUAAACAAAUCCCUAGACUCUUGGGUCCUGGCUUAAACAAAGCUGGUAAAUUUCCUGGUCUACUUUCUCAUCAGGAAUCCAUGGUGGGAAAAAUUGACGAAGUUAAGGCAACUAUUAAAUUCCAAAUGAAGAAGGUUUUGUGUCUUUCUGUAGCUGUAGGUCAUGUGGAAAUGACUCCAGAUGAAUUAGUUCAGAAUGUACAUCUGUCGAUAAACUUUCUUGUAUCUUUGUUGAAAAAACAUUGGCAAAAUGUUCGUUCGUUACACAUUAAAUCGUCGAUGGGACUGCCUCAAAGGCUGUACUAAAGAGCAUAUGCUACAGAUGUUUUUUUUGUACUGUGCACAAUAAAACAUUGACGUUUGCUUUAAAA